AUGCUCGACUACAUCCUACGCCACGGCUCGGAGCGCGUGAUCGAGGACGCCAAGGAUCACCUGCGCGAGAUCAAAAAGCUCCAAAAGUUCGAGUACGUUGACCCCGACGGAAAGGACCAGGGUGUCAACGAGGCGCUCAACGCGGAGCGCGACAAGGCGCGGGCGACGCGCAACAAGUACGGCGGUGGCUUCUCGGACGAGGACUUCAAGUACGCCGCCGACCGCGAUCGGCGCUCCUCGGGCUCGGACCCGGUGAUGGGUCUCACCAGCUUGGUGGGCGGCUUGGUGUCGUCCGCGACCGAGUACGCGUCUGCGGCCAGCAAGCAGCUGCAGUCGAUGCAGACGCUCUUCCCGUCGAACGAGCUAGACCGCAAGCUGACCGACUGCCUCUCCAACGACCAGCAGAUGCCGUCCUCGUCGCUGCUCUACGAGCUGGGCCGCGCGACGCACCGCGAGGACGACUACCGCAUCAUCUUGUCGGCCAUCUGGCAGAACGUGCUCCAGUCCUUCUCAAGCACCGACUUCAACGAGGCAGGCAAGGUGCAGGCCAAGGCGAACGACAUCAUCGAGCUGCUCGACAACAGCUCCAACCUGCAGAAGAAGCGGCGCGAGUCGGCCGACUCGGUCGCGGGCAAGUUUGUCGGCAUCUCGUCCUCCGACAAGCCUGCCAAGCGAGACGAGGCUCCCAAGCGGGAGGAGUGGGCGCCGGACGACGGCUUCGGCGCCGCCUUCGACGCGCUCAAGUCGAACGACCCCGCGCCGGCGCCCUCCAACGUCAACCUCUUCGACCCGGGCGCCCCGAUGGGCGGCAUGGGCGGCAUGGGUGGCAUGCGCCCGAUGGGUGGCAUGGCGCCCAUGGGAGGGAUGGGCGGCGGGAUGGGCCAGCCCAUGGGAGGAAUGGGCAGCGUGCCCAUGGGGGGCGGCAUGGGCGGUGGCGAGCCGCCCUCCCUGCAGCGGAGCACCGUCUGGAGCCUCCCUUCAACCUCCUUGGAGCCUCUCCCAUAG